CUCUUUGUAAUUGUAACGUGGAAGCAAACGUGUGAUUUUCCGAGUCAAAUGUCCAACUCAAAAAAACAUCAAACCCCAAAACAAACAUAACAUGACACAAUAAUAAUAAAUUACGUUUUCUCUUUCUCGUAGAUCAAUCUGUUGUGUUAUGUUCCAAUUACAAUACAUGCAAAAAUCUCUUCUCUCUGUUCACUCCCAAAAAACUCACCUUUUCAUUCCCUCAUUCCUGGGACUCUCUUCUUAAUUCCUGUUCUUAUCUUUUCAUUAUUCAUUCCAGGGAUUCCUGAAAAAAAUUUGUUGGGUUGUUUUGUUGAAGAUGAGAAUCAGUGUUCGUUCUCUACGCCAAUUGAGACAUGUUUAUCAGAGACAAAGUUGUGUUAUGAUCAACAAUCUUGUUGCAGAAAAACCUUGUUACUUUGAAAAGUGUUGUCAAAUUCAUAAUUCAGCUUAUAGAGUUCUUGAUCAAGCUGAGUCAAACAUAUUCAAGAACCAUCCAUUUAUUAACACAUCCACAAGAUCUAUCUCAGCUGAUGCUGUGAAGAUCACAAAUGGAGUAACUAAAAAAAGUGGACCUCUUGUUGAGUAUGAACGGAGAAUUGCCAAUGGCGAAUUGGUAGAUGGUGAUAGUUGUCAGGUUGAAACACUGACUGAACUUCAGAGACUCUAUGAUGAGCUUGUUGAGCAUGCCGAUGAAUGCCAAUUGGAUCGCAAUUCUGAAAAACCUGUAAGACACGGGUGGCUUUGGUCUCGUCUCUUGUCACAUCCUUCGCAUUCACCUGUAAAAGGUUUAUAUCUUUAUGGAGGAGUAGGCACUGGCAAAACUAUGCUGAUGGACUUGUUUUAUGAUCAAUUGCCCUCAAAUUGGAAGAAAAAGAGGAUUCAUUUUCACGAUUUCAUGUUGAAUGUACAUAGCCUAUUACAAAAGCACAAGGGCCUGUCAGAUCCACUGGAUGUUGUUGCAGGAGAGAUUUCUGACGAAGCAGUUUUAUUAUGUCUUGAUGAAUUCAUGGUAACAGAUGUUGCCGAUGCAUUGAUACUUAAUCGCUUGUUCAGACAUCUAUUCAGCAAAGGAAUUAUUCUAGUAUCCACUUCAAAUCGUGCUCCAGAUAAUCUAUAUGAAGGUGGACUGCAGAGGGAUCUCUUUCUACCCUUCAUUGCAACAUUGAAGGAAAGAUGCAUAGCUCAUGAGAUUGGUUCAUCAACUGACUACCGCAAAAUGACUUCGGGUGGCCAAGGAUUCUAUUUGGUUGGCAGUGAUUCGUCUGGCUUUCUUAAGAAAAAGUUUCAGCAGUUGAUUGGAGAAGGCACACCUACUCCCCAAGAAGUGGAAGUAGUAAUGGGAAGAAAACUUCACGUCCCAUUGGGAGCUAAUGGAUGUGCCUAUUUUCCUUUUGAAGAACUUUGUGACAAACCUCUUGGAGCUGCAGAUUAUUUUGGAUUAUUCAAGAAAUUUCAUACUUUAGCACUUGAUGGCAUCCCGAUUUUUGGGCUUAGUAAUAAAGCAGCUGCACAUAGGUUUGUCACUUUGGUGGAUGUGAUAUAUGAGAACAAAGCCAGAUUAUUGUGUUCAGCUGAUGGUAGCCCUCUUGAUCUCUUUCAAAAAAUAGUAACAAUAUCCGAGGCUAAACAAAGGGCACCCAGGACCUCUUCGAGAUCGAGAAAAAAUGAUGAGGCUGACCUUUGUGUUGACAAUGAACUAGGGUUUGCAAAAGACCGCACCAUUAGUAGACUGACAGAGAUCAACAGCAGAGAAUACUUGGAGCAUCAUGCAUUAGCAGAAAAGAAAGAAAGAGAGGAUCAGAAUGUCGUUGAAGCUUGAAGAUAGGAUUCAAGAAUCUGUAUCAGUUUGAUUUCUACUAUUGUUGUUGUAGCAUACAUAGGAAGUGAAAAUGGGGUCAAGUGGUGAAUAAUGAUUGUAACACAAACAACAAUAUUGGUGAAAAGAAAAAACAGAAACAAUAAUUUCAAAUAAAAGAAAGGGGUCCAUCUGCAGACCGUUAGAUUUGGCACUUGCACAAAGAGCGGAGUGUGUUAUAGACUAGUUAGUAUCAUAGUUAUUGGCAUAGCACCAAAAUAAUGAACAAUGGAGUGUUGUAUAAAAAUUCAAUUCAGAGUUAAAGUCUUGCUAAGCACUUAUUGAGCUAAA